GGGGCGGGAAAGGUGAGGGGGGAAAGGGCGGGAACGGGAGGUUCCGCGCAGGCGCAGUGCGGGCGGCGCGGGGCGCCCUCUAGCGGAGGCGGGAAGCGCCUGGGCCUGGCUGUGAGGGGGGGGCGGAACCGGGAACGGGAUCGGAACCGGGAACGGGAUCGGAACCGAGAACCGGGAUCGGAACCGGGAAACGGGAUCGGAACCGGCACCGCCAUGAUCCGCUUCAUCCUGAUCCAGAACCGGGCCGGCAAGACCCGCCUGGCCAAGUGGUACAUGCAGUUUGACGAUGACGAGAAGCAGAAACUCAUCGAGGAGGUUCACGCCGUGGUCACCGUCAGGGACGCCAAACACACCAAUUUUGUCGAGUUCCGCAAUUUCAAGAUCAUUUACCGCCGCUACGCCGGCCUCUACUUCUGCAUCUGCGUCGACGUCACCGACAACAACCUCGCCUACCUGGAGGCCAUCCACAACUUCGUGGAGGUGCUGAACGAGUAUUUCCACAACGUCUGCGAGCUCGACCUCGUCUUCAACUUCUACAAGGUGUACACGGUGGUGGACGAGAUGUUCCUGGCCGGGGAAAUUCGGGAGACGAGCCAGACCAAGGUGCUGAAGCAGCUGCUGAUGCUGCAGUCCCUGGAAUGACCCAAAACCCCCCAAAUUUCCCCCAAAAAUCCUCUCCAAAAUCCUCUCCAAAAUCCCCCAAAUCUUCCCCAAAACGGGGGCCCCUCCCCCCCCAUCAGUGUUAUCGUGGUGUGUAAAAAAUGUGAAUUUAUGACCAUUAAAGUGACCAAAAAGUGACCAAAAA